UUUAUGUAGGAUUUUAUUAAAAUUAUUGAUGCUUAGGUAAUGGAGGAGUCUCUAAUAAAUUACACUUAAUAUUAAAUCAAAGGCAUACGUAAGGGUGAAGUGUUUGUUAUCAACAAAAGAUAUAAUGAUUUUGUCAUUUUAAAGGAGGUCUUUAAUAAGUCUUGGCCAGGUUGCUUUAUUCCUCCAAUUCCUUAAAAAAAAUCUCUAGUAUUAUAUAAUUGCUAAGUAUUUAGGGCAACUUAGACUCAAAUGUUAUUACAUAUCGUUCUAAAUACUUAUCAUAUUUUCUUAAAAAGAUUUUGAAAAUUCCUUAUCUUUGGUUAGGUGAAGAGAUGAGCAUUUUCAUAAAAGGUACCACCGAAUAAUUGUAAGAAGUGGCUAAAACUAAAACUUUACAAUCUAUUAUAAGCAAAUAUGAAUAAACAUUCGCUUUUAACUAAAAUUAACAAGUUCAUGAUAUAGAUUAAUUUUAUUCCUAAAUUUGUUAAAUUAUUCCACAAAUUGAAAACUUUUCUACAAUAGCAAAGAACUUAAUAAAAGAAAAAGAUGCUUAAAAUUAAGGAUUAGUUAUGUUUGUUGAACAAUUUUUGCCUUAAUUUGAGAAAUUGCAAUAGUAAAAUCAUCCAAGUAUGAUAAAAUAUAAUCUAAGUUUUUGUAAAUGAAGAAACCUAGGAAUAAUUUUAAUUAUCAAAAAAAUGUUGCACUAAAAAUGAGUACAAUAAAGUUUAUGAAUACACAAAAAUAGUAGAAAGGGAACUACUAGCGUGUAAAGAUGCUUUGAUAUAAAGAAAUGCAAUAUCUUAAAGAGUUAAAGAUGAAGAUGAAAAAUUAUAUAAGCUAAAUAUUCAACUACAAGAAUUGCAUUCAAAAACACCUCUCUUUGGUAAAAAAGAAGAAAAAUUGGCAAGCAUUUAAAGUUAAAUUUAAUUAUAAUAACAAACUCUUUAAUUAUUGAAAUCACUUGAAUUUUUAAUUAAUAAAAUCAUUUCAUAACAAGAAAUACCCAAUUUUUAUAGAUUCACUAAGGAUAAAUAUGGAAGACUUAUAAAAGUAUUUUCAGAUUUCCAAAUCAAAUAUCACUAAGCUUAAGCAGAAUUUUGGGAAAAAAUUUAAUUAAAGAUUUGA